CAUUUGCUCACAGAUUGGGCGCGGAUAAAGCGUUAUCGAUAGAGUAAUCAAUCCCCGACCUUUCACUUCUUCUUCUUCCAUCGCUUUGACUGCAAAUCUUGGGCUUUGCAACUUCGCUGCUUUCUAUCUCCCCCAGACUCCCAUUCAUCAUGAAUCCUCUUAAGCAGAAUGAUGUCGACGUGAGCAAAUUGAGCCCCGAUGAGCAGCGUCUGUAUGCCUUGUACGGUAAAAGGCCCAACAAGAAGGACGUACUGCAGAACAAGCUCAAGGAGCGCAAAUACUUUGACUCGGGUGAUUAUGCUCUGAGCAAGGCCGGCAAAGCUUCGGACGUCGGCGUCACCAACAUCGGCUCCCGCCACCCAGUGCCGGAGAACAUUCCACACCUGACAGCCACCUCCCCGGGUGCUAACAACCCCACUGGGACCGGGAAUGGCGGCAGCAUCAGUUCUCAGGGUCAGCAGAUUCCUGGCAGCAGUAGCGGCCACCCUAGCUCGAUCGGCUUCCAGAGCCGUAGCCCCAUCAAGGAGGGUAGCUUCCUUCACCGUGGUACUAGCAUGAGUGAGGGCUCCCUGGAACCGGAUGUCCAGGAUAAGGAGCCGAGUGUGAGCCCACCACCUGCCCGGGAGGGGGUGCCCAUUCGCCGGUGAUUGACACGUUCUCUUGAUGCAUUGCAUGGAUAUCUCAUGGGUUUUACUUUUCAUUCUCCGGGAGGGAUUUGCUUGGAUUUCGUUUUCUUUUUCUUUCUCCACC